CGGCUCCGCCUCCGCCCUCCGCCGCCGACGACAGCCUCCGCCCGACGACGCCGCCGCCGUCUGCUGCAUGCUUUUGAGUUUAGGAAACGGCUGACUAUUCAAUAUCCAUGGUGCGUUGCAUCUUCUUCUUGUCUGCCUUCUCGUCCUCACCAUGCGCCACGAAACCACCCUGCUUCUCUGUCUCCUCGGUCUUUCCCUCGCCUCCUUCCUCUCGCCGAUGCCAAGGUAGGAAAACGAGCUGCAGGUCAAUUAGGGCGCUACGCGAGGACUGGAAGGAGAGAUCCAAGGCCAUCCCUCCUGGCGGUGUCUACCCAGCCAAGGACCAUUGCAGCCGCUGUGGGCUUUGCGACACCUACUACAUUGCGCAUGUCAAGAGCGCCUGUGCAUUCCUUGGAGAUGGCAUGUCCCGUGUCGAGGAUUUAGAGCCGCUGGUCCAUGGGAGGGGCAGGAAGCAAGACAUGGAUGAGAUGUACUUUGGAGUGUACGAGCAACUCCUAUAUGCCAGGAAGAUGAAACCUGUUGAAGGAGCCCAAUGGACAGGAAUAGUGACGACAAUUGCAGUUGAGAUGCUGAAGGCGAAUAUGGUUGAUGCUGUAAUUUGUGUACAAAGGCACCUAAACAACAAUCAAAUAUUACAUUAUUUCUUUCCCUUGCAAAAGACAUUUCAUGAUCUUGAGAAAACUGUUGUUUGUCUCAUCUGCAGUGACCCAGAUGACAGGCUUGCACCAAGGCCUGUUUUAGCCAGGACACCGGAUGAAGUUAUUGCAGCCAAAGGUGUCAAGCCAACAUUAUCACCUAAUCUAAAUACACUUGCCUUAGUUGAGGCAGCUGGUGUGAAGCGUCUUCUCUUCUGUGGUGUGGGAUGUCAAGUGCAAGCUUUGAGAUCAGUAGAGAAGUAUCUUGGUUUGGAAAAACUCUAUGUGCUUGGGACAAACUGCGUGGACAAUGGUACUCGUGAAGGACUUGACAAGUUUUUGAAGGCUGCAAGCAAUGAACCAGAGACUGUUAUGCAUUAUGAAUUUAUGCAAGACUACAAGGUUCACUUAAAGCAUUUGGAUGGACAUAUUGAAGAGGUUCCCUAUUUUUGUCUGCCCGCAAAGGACCUAGUGGAUGUUAUUGCUCCAUCAUGCUACAGCUGCUUUGACUACACAAAUGCUUUGGCGGAUUUAGUGGUGGGCUAUAUGGGCGUACCAAAGUACCCAGGAGUUUCGAUGACACAGCACCCUCAAUAUAUUACAGUAAGGAAUGAUCGUGGAAGGGAAAUGCUCAGCCUGGUAGAGGGCCUCCUGGAGAGCACACCUACAGUUAGCAGUGGUGUCAGGCAACCAUUUGUUAUCGAGACAGUUAAAGCUGACGAUGAAGCAAAGCAGGGGAGAGGACCUUCCCAGCCAGCUCCGAGAUUUGUCGGCAAUGUUAUCGCCUUCCUGCUGAAUCUGAUCGGGCCGAAGGGCCUGGAGUUUGCUCGCUACUCACUGGAUUAUCACACGAUAAGGAAUUACCUCCAUGUGAACCGGGCAUGGGGCAAGCAAAGAGCGGAGCAACACAUCCCAUCGUACGCCAAGAAGAUUGUGGAGGCGUACGACAAGGAAGGACGCAUCGAGUCGAUGCUCUAGCAGCAGGGCGUGCUAGUCCCAUUGGUUUGCAUCCAUGGCAACUGUAAUUUUGGUGGAUAUAUACCAUGGAUAGGUCAAUUUGGUGCUGGCCCAUGAUUAUAUACUCCUGGUCUCCAGGUCAACAAGACAACACAUCAGAAUCUUAGCUUAAGUAACAUGUAUUGAUUCCCAAAAAAACUAGUAUAUUAAAAAAUAAUGAUGUUAGACAUUCAUAGUAAAUACUCUGUUUUUUCGACGCCGUUGACUUUUGAGUUAUCCAAAUAUUUUUCUGCAAACAUGUAAAAUUAUAAGUCAGCUUAAAGUUUCUUAAGUAAUAAGUCAAAUCAUUUU